AUGGCCCGUCAUUGCUAUGCCAUUGCCGCAGGGGCCUGGUACGGUCGUCGGCGUCGACUUCUUCGGNGGAUUGGUUUGGAUCGUUCCGUGCGCUGGUGGCUUCGGGCGUGUUUGGUGUGUCAAGCUCGCAAGACUUCACGUCAGACUGCUCGAUGGCCCGUCAUCGCUAUGCCAUUUCCGCAGGGGCCUGGUACGGUCGUCGGCGUCGACUUCUUCGGACCUCUGCCAGUGACUGCCAAUGGCAACUCCUACAUUUUGUUGUUCACAGACCGUUUCAGUCGGAGAGACGACAUGUUCGCAGUCACAGCGGCGGAAUUUACGGCGAGAGGGACGGCUCACAUCUUCGUCAACCAAUACAUGACCAAGUGGGGAUGUCCGACUACGUUGUUGUCGAACAACGGACUGCAUUUCUGCUCGAAGCCCUCCGUGGCGAUCUACGAGGUGAUGAAGAUCAAGAGGGUCACCACCAGCUCCUACCACCCACAGACCAACGGUGGCACGGAACGCGUCAACCACACGAUGGCCCAGAUGCUUGCGGUGGUCGUCAACGAACAACAAAACGAUUGGGACAUGCAUCUCCCGCACGUCGAGUUUGCCUAUAACAUUUCCGUGAACCAAUCUACUGGAUUAACACCAUACGAGAUCCACAUCGGACGCAUCCCGCAACUCCCGCUUUCGGUCUUCGAUCAUCCCACGGUAAGUGGUCAUCAAAGCUUGGCCCGCGAUCAACCCGAGUAUUGCAACCUGGCUGUCGAUCGCCAGCGCCGGGCCUACGAACUUGUCCGUGAGUACAACGCGCUGAAGAUUUCGCGAGUCGAACGCCGAAAUUCAUCCCUGCUGGACGCCAUCCACAAGCUCCCUCAGUUUACCGUUGGCGGGUGGGCUUGGGUGUACAACACGGCUGCUACAAUUCGACAGGGUGUGCAGAAGGACACGGACCAACAGGUGCUCAAGGCCAAAUUCGCACUUUCCUGGACGGGCCCUACAAAGUUCUUGCGGUGGGUCCCACCUCUGCCGACGCCACUCCGGACGGCCGCCCGUUGGCGCAUCAACUCCUCUACCUGGACCUGCCUUCCAAUCUUUCCGGCCGGCAGCUCGUUGUCGCGUGUCUGUCCUUCGUUGCAAGCCCUGUCGCAAUCCGUACGAGACGGACGACUUGCCGCAAUCUCUGCCGGCCGAGCUUUCGCGACAUGUUCUGCGCUCUUUCGGAGAUAA